UAGCACAGUGAAGACGGGGAGAGUUGGCUAUCGCUGCACAUCGGAAUAGUCUACAUAUAUCUACAGUCUUCUAUCGUUUAUAAUUUUCUGGAAAUGAAAUUUAUGAAUUAAGAUUGAAGACUGAAUCCAGCCAAAAUGACGGUGGAUUUUGAAGAAUGUGUGAAAGAUUCACCCCGGUUCAGGGCGAACAUUAAUGAAGUGGAGACGGAGGUGGUGGAGAUUGAAGUGAAACUAGACAAGUUGGUGAAGCUAUGCAGUGGGAUGAUCGAGGCAGGGAAGGCGUAUGUCAGCGCCAACAAACUCUUUGUGAACGGGAUCCGGGACCUGUCCCAACAAUGCAAGAAGGAUGAGAUGAUAUCGGAGUGUCUGGAGAAGUGUGGGGAGAGCCUCCAGGAAAUAGUCAACUACCACAUGAUUCUGUUCGAUCAAGCCCAGAGAUCUGUAAAGCAGCAGUUACACACCUUUGUGAAAGAGGAUGUCCGUAAAUUCAAGGAGACCAAGAAGCACUUUGACCGUGUGCGUGAGGACUUGGAGAUAGCCCAGGUGAAGAACGCCCAGGCCCCCAGGAGCAAACCUCACGAGGUGGAGGAGGCCACCGGUACACUCAGCAUCACCAGGAAGUGCUUCCGACACCUGGCCCUCGACUACGUGCUUCAGAUUAACGUCCUUCAAGCCAAGAAGAAGUUUGAGAUCCUAGAUGCUAUGCUGUCCUUCAUGCAUGCCCAGUACUCCCUCUUUCAGCAGGGCUACAACCUGCUGGAUGAGAUUGACCCCUACAUGAAGAAGCUGGCUGCUGAGUUGGAUCAGUUGGUGAUUGACUCGGCCAUGGAGAAGAGGGAUAUGGAACACAAGCACGCCACUGUACAGCAGAGGACUCUCAUGCAGGACUUCUCGUAUGACGACUCAAAGGUGGAGUUGUUCAACGUGGACGCUCCCAAUGGCGUGGUGAUGGAGGGGUACCUGUUCAAGAGGGCCAGCAAUGCUUUCAAGACCUGGAACCGGCGGUGGUUUUCCAUCCAGAACAGUCAGCUGGUCUAUCAGAAGAAGCUGAAGGAUUCCCUGACGGUGGUGGUGGAGGACCUCCGGCUUUGCUCUGUCAAGCCCUGUGAGGACAUCGAGAGGAGGUUCUGCUUCGAGGUUGUCUCCCCCACCAAGAGCUGUAUGCUCCAAGCGGAGUCGGACAAGCUUCGGCUAGCCUGGAUCCAAGCAGUGCAGGCCAGCAUUGCCUCGGCAUACAGGGAGAGCCCAGACUACCAUUAUGUCGAGCGCCUGGACAGGACCGCCUCGCCGUCUGUCAGCAGUAUCGACUCGGCCAGUGAGCCUCGGGAGCGUAGCGUGAGGGGGGAGAGUAUUCUGCACCGCAUCCAGUGUCUCCCGGGCAACGAGUAUUGCUGUGACUGUGGCCAGGCUGACCCGCGCUGGGCCUCCAUCAACCUGGGCAUCCUGCUUUGCAUCGAGUGCUCCGGCAUCCACAGGAGUUUGGGGGUUCACUGCUCCAAGGUGCGCUCUCUAACGUUGGACUCAUGGGAACCUGAGUUACUCAAGUUAAUGUGCGAGCUGGGAAACAGUGUCAUCAACCACAUCUAUGAGGGAGCAUGUGAGGAGCAGGGCCUGAAGAAACCAGGGCCCUCAAGUUCCAGGCAAGAGAAGGAGGCGUGGAUCAAAUCUAAGUACGUGGAGAAGAAGUUCCUGAAGAAGUUGGGGGCCACCGAGGUGCUGGUGAACGGCGGGCGAAAGUCAGCGCGCCGGUGGAGUGUGAAGAAGUGCCGGAGACACAACAGUGCCACCACAGUGCCCAAGACUCGACGAAAAUAUCGCCAGGAGCUUGGUAGCGCCUCCCCUGCCACCCUCUCCUCGGCGGCUUCAGCUCUAGAGAGGAAGUUCCGGCGAGAGUCACUGUUUUGUCCAGAUGAGCUGGACAACCUCUUCUCUUACUUCGACACGGGAUCUGGGCCUCGUAGUCUGAGCAGUGACAGUGGCCUGGGGGGCAGUACAGACGGCAGCACAGACAUCCUAGUGUUCGGCUCAGUGGUGGACAGUGUCACAGAGGAGGAGCGUGAGGUGUCAGAGGACUCUAGCGGAGAGGCCGAGAUGGAGCCGGAGCCUGAGACCCAGUCGGACCCAGAGGAUAGGCGUGAGCUCCACCCUGGGGCGCUGCUCUACAAGGCCUCCCAGGCACGCAACCUGCCCGUCAUGGCCGAGGCGCUGGCCCACGGGGCUGAGGUCAACUCCGUCAACGACGAGGAUGAUGGCAAGAGCCCACUCAUACAGGCUGUGAUUGGGGGCUCUUUGAUAGCCUGUGAGUUCCUGCUCCAGAAUGCAGCUGACGUCAACCAAAGAGACGCAAAGGGGAGGGGGCCACUGCACCACGCCACAUAUCUGGGACACACAGGGCAGGUGUGUUUGUUCCUGAAGAGAGGAGCCACGCAGAACGACGGGGACGAGGAUGGCCAGGACCCUCUGAGUAUCGCUGUGCAGGCAGCCAACGCAGACAUCGUCACCUUGUUGCGUCUGGCCAGGAUGAACGAGGAGAUGCGGGAGUCGGAGGGACCGUUCGGCCAGCCAGGUCAAUACCCCACCAGCAGCCCCACUGAACAGCAGUAUAAGAAAUGCAUACAAGAGUUUAUCUGUCUCAACAUAGCUGAGUGCUAGAAGUCAGUCACACUUCCUGGUCCAGUUCAGUCUUUCCCUUUCUGGUCAUGGUUGGAGGGGAAGCCAAUAGCAUACCAGGACUGUGGCGGGACAGGCCUGUCGGGAAUCUUGUGCAGGAAGGAACGUAGUCCAAAACACACAUUUCUCUACCAGAUUCCCUACACGCUGCUGUCCCUCCCAGCUUUAUGGUUCUUCUCUUUAAAAAACUGUUUCACCCAGUGCUGCAGACUAACAUUGUUCAAACGAGGCCAGACCAGAAUAUGCCAACUACUAUUCCUUAUCAACGGCAUAGGAUGUCAGUAUCAUUAACUCUUAUCAUGAUGUCAAAACUGUACUGUUGACUUGGACUGGCAACAUUUAGUUCAGAGUUAGGUCAUUUGUCAACAAAUGGUUAGGGACCAAAUUUAUAAUCGACUUUCUAAGUGAAUUUAAAUCAUAAUGUAAACAAACUAAUAACCAUGUCAAGUGGAUUAAUUCAGCUGCUCUUUAUUCAUUUGGAGAGGGGACAGGUGUUUGCGUGCGGUUUUCAAGGUAGGUUAGUGUGCUCCGAACCAAAGACCAGAUCAGACCAAUAUGCUGCACGAUACUUUCAUCAAGCUACUCUGCCUGCUCAUGUAACAAUACCAAAGCAGCACACGGGUAGUCUUGUCAAGGGUAUAAAAACAGACCUUCAUUUCAAGGCCUGUAAAGUUGUUGUCGUUCUAGCUUGUCGGUUCUGCUCCAGCUGUGUUGUGUUGUGGCAUGAGGUGGUUCUUCAGUACACGCACACUGUGUGAAAAUAAAGAGGCGUGUACUUGUGAAUUUCAUUAUGGUGAUUAGCCAGGAUAACAAUGAAGCUAAGGAACAACUGUGAUUGAGUGUAGAUGAUAUGGAUUAUUUUAUCAUUUCAUAGAUUUUUAAAGCAACAUUAUGCACUUUUCCUACCAACAAUGAUUUGAAUUUCAUUUAGUUACUUUUCGGUAUUUUCAUUUAGUAGUGUAGGUUUUCUCCCUUAAUUUAUGAUGAACUGCCCAGAGCAAUAAUAAUUUAAAUACAGAUACUCUGUAUUUUUUGUAUUCAUUUUAUCAAUACGAUGCAGAUGGUAUUUUUUUAACUGGAUAUAUUUUGUUCAAUUUUAUUUUCCUGAGCACUCACACGCACAAGGCCAGUUAACCUUCACUGUCAUUUCUUCACCUCUCUUCUUGGAAAAGACAACCACAACUCACAAUCUUAUAAUAGAAAAUGACCGAGAUUUACCUUAAACUGCGAUGAGAUGGACGUUUUUUUUUAUAUAUAAUAUGAAAACACACAUGUAUUGGGUACAGUAUUUGUAUAUGUUUGUCGAAAAUAUUGACUUAUUAUGGUAUUCUGAUGUAUCAUGGCUAUACAGUAUUAGAUUAGUUCUGGGUUUCUUGGUUGAAUAGUGCAUGGGUUGCCGGUGCCCAGGUCUUUCAAAGCCAUGUUGGUUUUGUUUAUUUCAUUAAUCUGUGUAUGGUAAUAUUUUAUAUAUUGUUAAAAGAAAAUAACUGCGUGAUGUGCUGCCAAAUCAUGAGAACUGUACAUAAAAAGACAUUACAGAUCUGUGGUCUAUAAUCAAACUGAAACUGAAAACUGAUAUGUUGGAUAGAAUACCCCAUAAUAUACAGGCAUAGUUUCCCAGGCCUAUGAGAAGGGGAGAGAAAGAUUGGUCCAUGCAAAUAUGCCAGCUUUCCCUCUAGCUCCUCUGAAUACCAACAGAAUACCCCCUUCUCUGUAAGCACUGCCCGUGUACACACUAUACAUGCCGUAUGUACAUAGCGAGAGGGUGACCACAGUGCCCAGGUUUAAUUUGAUACUGUGCAGUUGCUUACUACCAUUUUUGAAAUCAUCUUAAACAGGAAAUGUAAUUAGUUUUACUCGCUAGUAACAACUUAUGUUUGGCAUUGCGUUUGUGUUGCUUGAGUUUACUUCAAGCCAAAGACCACACAAAGUUCAAGUCAUUUGAGGAGAAAGUAAUGAGUAGAAAAGAAGACGAGACCAAGAGUAGUGACUCUUGUGAAAUAUCUGGGAAACAAUGUUAUGACUAAACAAUGCCGACGAUUUGCAUCAAGCCACUAAAGGUUUACAUGUUGUACAGUGUUUGAGUCAGUGGAUUGUUUAAACUAUUGGUUGACUAGGUGACUGUUCUGCUGUAAAUAUGCUAAAAACUAUUAACACUUAAAACUGCUUGCUUCUAUCUUCUGUAUUUUCAUUUUUGUGUUUCUGACUUUUAAAUCUGUACAUUUUCUUUGUAUAUGGUUAGAGAACACGUGUCUCUGGAUAUCUUUGUGCAAGUUACACUACUGCUACCGUUUUAUGUUAUUUCCCUUUUCCUAAUAUCUUCUAAAAUGAGAAAAUACUGAAAAUAAAUGAAAGAUGUGAUUCAAAGCCUGACUUCUCCCACUGCUUCUUGCUUCAUUUAUUCUGUUCUUUUAUAUAUCACUGUUAUAACACUUUCCCUCUGUCACUACAACUAACCGCAUUAACCUGAACUGGCACUGUACCUAUUAGUCACACAUUUUCAGAGAUUAGAAACGUUGUCCUCUGACAUUUAACUCAAGUAUGGAUUCAAAUGAGUUCUAUGAUGAAUUCAGUUUGCCCCUAUAACAUUAGUGAUUUACAAAACCGUUUCAUGGCUUUGUUUUCAAUUUCUCACCUGUAGGUGGUGUGCUGCUUAAAGAAAAGGUUCACCCAUUUUGAAUGUUUAAUUGUUUUGGUGCAUCUCUGAGUGAUGUUCUAUUGAUUCCCGGGGUCAUUUCAUGUUUUCAUGUGUAUCUGAGUUAUUGGCGUUCAAGUAGGCAGAAAUCUGGCUGAUAUGACGUAGCGUCGUGACAAAGCCGCUCUCACUACACUGGGAAGUUAAUAGGAAUAUGACUUUUAGAUCGCGAAAACAUCUAUCAUGUCAGAUUUCAAUACUGGCCGAUGUCAUAACUCGGGAGGACGUCUUCUCUCGUAUGAGCCAUUGAUCAUAGACACACACACAGGAAGAGACUGGAAUGUUAUUUUUAAUUAGUCAAGCUGAGAAUUUCUCACGAGGUCGAAAGGAGUUCGACUGGCUGUAACCAUGGUCACCAGAAAACUGAAGCUUGAGAAUUUAGAAAUCGAGUAAAGCCGAGCGUCUUGGUCCCUAGACUGUGGUUUUGUUCCUCUGUUGAUUUAUCGAGAUUAGAGGCUCUGUCAUUUUUGAAAAUCAUUUCAGGUUUUGAACAAUCGAUGUUUUUUUUAAUACUCAAAUUCAACAUUAUUGUACGGUAGGCCUACUGUUAUUUACCAGAUCGAUUGAAUGCAAUUCUUGAUGAUAAUGUUCUGUUACAUUGCUAUCCUUUU